AUGGGUGGGGUCUUGGAAAAUUCGACGGAUCCAGUCGAAUGGUCCGCCAAAACAGAUGUCGAAGCACUGCCUGUGAAGCCCGUUGUCACAGAGAAGGAUCACAAUCCUGAUCUGGUCGAUUGGGAUGGUCCUGAUGAUCCUGAAAAUCCAUUUAAUUGGCCUUCUUAUAAGAAAUGGCGACAGUUAAUUUUUAUGGCCAUUAACACAUUCCUGACCCCUCUCGCCUCUUCAAUGUUCACACCAGGUGUAGCAGAUAUUCAGAAACAAUUCGGCUCCGACAGUACAAUGAUGGCCUCAUUCCUUGUUUCAAUCUACGUCCUAGGUUAUGUCGUCGGUCCGUUCUUGAUUGCGCCGCUAUCGGAAUUGUAUGGGCGCAUUCCGCUCUAUCACACUUGCAAUGUCUUGCUGUUGAUUUUCACUAUUGCAUGUGCCGUCGCGCAGAGCUUGCCCCAACUCCUGGUCUUCCGGCUGCUGGCUGGGAUUGCGGGUGUCUGUCCGCUGACAAUCGGCUCGGGCACAGUGGCUGAUAUGGUGUACAAAGAGAAACGUGCCGGUGUCAUGGCCAUUUGGGCCAUGGGCCCGUAUAUGGGACCGGUCAUUGGUCCUGUGGCAGGUGGUUUCUUGGUGGAGGCUGAAGGGUGGAGAUGGGUGUUUUGGGUUCUUGCUAUUACGAUUGGCGUUAUUCUCAUCGGUACAGUAUUCUGCUAUAGAGAAUCUUAUGCGCCGGUGUUACUGCGACGGAAAGCAGCACGACUGCGCAAAGAAACUGGCAACCCUAAUCUACGCUCUAUUUUUGAUGAUGGGGCUAGACCCCCUCGUCAAAUCUUCUUCUCGGCUCUUUCUCGUCCGAUCAAACUGCUAUUCACCUCGCCUAUCGUCUUUAUGAUGGCUCUCUUCGCCGCUAUCACCUAUGGAUACCUCUACCUGAUGUUCACCACUAUGACCUCCAUCUUUGAAGAUCAAUACGGUUUCAAUCAGGGUCUCGCAGGCCUAGCCUACCUGGGCUUUGGAGUCGGCUGUUCCCUGGGGCUACUCAUCGUUGGACGAACAGUCAACAAAAUCGCAGCCAAGCACUCAGCUGAAGGCCGUUUCUCGCCAGAAUCUCGUCUCCCACCAAUGUUAUACGGGUCCUGGGCUAUUCCGGUCGGAUUAUUCUGGUAUGGAUGGUCUGCACAAGAGAAGGUUCACUGGAUCAUGCCAAUUAUCGGCACUGGCAUUUUCGGGUUCGGCCUUGUGGCUGUUUUUGCUACUGUCAGUGCCUACCUGGUCGAUUCAUAUGUUCGGUACGCUGCAUCCGUGACCGCUGCGAAUGUUUUCCUGCGCUCGCUUUUCGGUGCCGUCUUGCCGCUGGCUGGUCCAUCAAUGUAUGAUGCGCUUGGAUUGGGAUGGGGCAACUCGCUGCUGGCGUUUAUUGCGCUUGCCAUGUGCUUUGUCCCAUUCCUAUUUGCUAAGUAUGGCGCGAUGAUUCGAACUCACCCACGAUUCCAGGUGGAGCUUCGUUAA